AUGUCCGUUGAAGGAGAAGACAUACAGAGACAACCAGGUGUCAAAUCCUCGGCUCCAGGGAAAUCUUUAGGGCACAAGCACACUGUGAGUCACUACACUCGAUACUCGAAAAUGUCUGAGGCAGAGGCAAAAUCGGCUGCUCCAAGCGCUGAGCUUUUGGAAUGGCCGAAGAAGGACAACCGUCGCCUCCUCCACGCCGUGUACCGAGUCGGCGAUCUCGAUCGCACGAUCAAGUUUUACACAGAGGCUCUGGGGAUGAAGCUGUUGAGGAAGAGGGAUAUUCCUGAAGAGAAAUACUCGAAUGCAUUUCUGGGAUUUGGGCCUGAAGAGUCUCACUUCGUGGUCGAGUUGACCUACAAUUAUGGAGUGUCUUCUUAUGAUAUCGGGACUGGUUUUGGACAUUUCGCCAUUGCUACUCCCGAUGUUAAAAAGCUGGUUGAAGAGGUUCGUGCCAAGGGUGGUAAUGUGACGAGGGAGCCUGGUCCUGUGAAAGGUGGGAACAGCAUCAUUGCCUUUGUGAAGGACCCAGAUGGUUACACAUUUGAGAUCAUUCAGCGACCUUCCACCCCAGAGCCACUUUGUCAAGUAAUGCUCCGCGUUGGUGAUCUUGAACGCUCAGUCAAGUUCUAUGAAAAGGCUUUGGGCUUGAAGCUAUUGAGGACGAUUGAGAGGCCUGAAUACAAGUACAACAUAGCCAUCCUGGGAUAUGCAGAGGAAGACCAGACAACCAUUUUGGAGUUGACUUAUAACUAUGGUGUGACUGAAUACACCAAGGGAAACGCAUAUGCGCAGAUUGCUAUUGGUACUGAUGAUGUCUACAAAAGUGCCGAGGUUGUCAACUUGGUUACACAAGAACUUGGAGGAAAGAUAACCAGGCAACCUGGACCAAUUCCCGGACUCAACACCAAGAUCACUUCUUUUCUGGAUCCAGAUGGCUGGAAAACUGUGCUGGUUGACAAUGAGGAUUUUCUCAAGGAACUGCAGUAA